AUGCUAACAGCAAAGGCAAAGCAGAAAGGAACAGAUAGGUCAACUAAAGGUGCUUCUAAGGCUCGUCGGGAUCAGAUCAAUGCUGAGCUUCAGACUCUGCGCUCCCUCCUGCCCAUCCUGGAGCAACAGAAGGAGCGCCUCUCAUAUCUUCACACCAUGGCUCUGGUCUGCUUCUACAUACGAGAGACUCAGCUUUUUCCUCCAGGCUCACAUUAUAUGAUGGGACCAGCCCCUAAUCUUGCUGCUGUUGCUGCACUGGCAGAUCCGGAACUGCUGUUUUCCCUCCCAGGGUUUAUCCUGGCUCUCACUGCAAAUGGCAAGCUGGCUUAUGUCUCUGAGAAUGUGUCCCACUUCCUUGGCUUUUCUGUGGUAGAACUCCUAGCCCACAGUGAGUCCAUCUUUGACCUCUUGAAUAGCUCAGCAAGCACGAUUGUCCAGGAGAAAUUCAGUUUUGCACAGCAGCAUCCAGGCACUGAAAUUGAGUUCAUCGCUGAAAUGCACACAUUGAGAGCCUUUCGGGUAAGGUAUGGAAGGAACCGUUUGAUGUCCGUGCGGGGCAGAUUCCUCAUGCUUGACCCACAGUUGACUUCCUCCUCUCCUGCCUUGACUUUUGUUGCCUUCUGCACGCCUGUCACACACCUGUUUGAAGAUGGGGAUGGUGCUUCCCAGAGCUCCACAUUCCUGAGCCAACACACACUGGAUAUGAAGAUUGUCAAGAUGACUGAAAAUGUUAUUUACCAUCUUGGUUAUAAAAAGGAAGAGCUGAUUGGCCAGUCUUGGUACUGCCUCCUACAUCCUGAAGAUACUAGAAGAGCUGCAGAAAGUCACAGGACCCUAAUUCGUGAUUCUGGGAGACACAAUCAUUGGCGCAUAGAAGUCCGUCUACUCUGCAAGGACCUGAGCUGGGUUUGGGUUCAAGUUGUUGCUUUAAGGGAGAAUGGAAAGGGAAGAGAGCUGAUCACUUGUACCAACCACAUCCUCAGGGAGGAAGAAGCCUUCUAUCUCCAGAAGCAAGACCCGCAGCACAGAGCUGUUGUUCCAGCUACCCCACAUCUUCAAUACAAUGCUGGAGAAAUACAGCAGGAGAGAAAUCUGGAUGAAGACAGCUUUUCCUCUCAAGAACCAGUGACAGCCACAGAUGGGGUACCCUGCCAGCUUCAUGAUGCUUGUGAAGAGAUGGUCCCUGAAUCCCUCCAGCCUUUGUUUUCAGCCAGCUUUCCUCUCCCUAUCAUGAGCACUGACCCAGUCACCCUGCAGUCCCCUCAAGAAACAGGCUUUCCUUUCUUCCCUGCUGGUGGGCCGAAGAGUCUCUCCUGCCCAGACAAUGCCGACAGGUUGCCCUCCUUGAGCCCUUGUGUUUUCUGCUCCCCAGAAAGUGCAUUUCCCCUUGAUAGCAGCUCUUCUGUAGACCUUUAUCCAUUAUUUGAAGAAGGACCAUCCACAGACAUGUUCCCAACAAUGGGUACAAACCCUGACCCAGACAGAUGGGCCAUCAGCAUGUUGGCUGAACAAAUUAAUUCCCUGGCUGAAAUCUUCUCUCAGUACACAAAGCAAAUACCUCAUAAACCUCCCAGCAUCUCUCUAUGGCCUGGACAGUCAGUUGAAGACACUCACAUGGUACAUAGACAGGGUUCAGGGACUAAUGCAGCUCUAGAUUUCCCUGAGGAACUCUCUGUGGAUGAAGAAGUCAUCACUAGCAUCUUAAACAGCCUCCUAGACCAUAACAGCCUGAACCUGUCUACUUCUGAAAUGGGACCAGAAGACAAUUUCCAUGUGUCAAAUGCUGAGUCGCAGGUUUCUUUACUCCAGGCCCCUCAAACAGAAGCAACUCCUUGCCUUGACCAGUAUCUCUGCCUGCAGCCUUUGUCUUCCUCUGUAUCAUCUGAUACCCAUGUGCCUGACUCCCAGUGGGAUGGGAGAUUCCAUACUAUGCUUCAGCAAGGUGUGCUUCCAGAGGAGGCCAUGUUCUGCUGAACCUGCCCUUGUUGUCUCAGUGAUUCCAGAGCCAGUCGCGGGUACUUCUCCGGUCUCCACACAAUUCAGUUGUUGAACAGACUUUAGUGGCAUGAUCCGAAAUGAUAAUAGCGUUCACGAAUAAACGGGAAGUACAGAAGUCUUCCCUAGUUGCUUGGUAGUGGAGAAUGGGACGGGGUGAGGCAUGAACAUGAGGCCACAUAAAAAGUGCUCAACCCUCCACUGCUAAGGACCUCACUCCUUUCGCUUGCCAUUCCUGAUGCUGGCUAGUGGAGGGCAAGCCGUGGCGACUUAAAGUGUGACCAGCUAAAGAGGAGCAGCCUGCAGGGGGCGCUUCAGCGGCGUUCCUACGGGGGAGCGGGCUCACCCUGGCGCUUGUCAAUAAAAGAAUUUCAAACUCUUGUACCCUUUGUCGUUCACUUGUGACGUAAUAGGGAGGUGGGGCAGGGAGCGGGCA